AUGCGUCUCCCCUACGUCCCCAACCCCCCACCCACCUCUUCGGAAGCCGAACAAGCCAUCGUCGACCGCAUCACCGCCCGCCGCGCACCCCGUCCCCUCCAACCCUUGGACCUAACCCUGCUCCACUCCCCGCCCGUCGCCGACGGCUGGAACUCCUUCCUGGGCGCCAUCCGCACGCAAACCCUUCUUCCCGCGGACGAGCGCGAGCUGGCCAUUUCCCGCGUGGCCGUCUGCAACGGCGCCUGGUACGAGUGGCACCACCAUGCGCCCCUGGCCGUUCAGGCGGGCGUCAGCGAGGGCGAGGAUGGUCUGGGGGUGGUCAAGAGGCAGGAACCGCUGCUGAUUGAGGAAGGAGACCGGCAGAGGGGAGGGUUGAAUGAGAGGCAGUGGGCGGCGGUGUGCUUGACGGAUGAGAUGACGAGGAAUGUGAAGGUGCGGGAUGAGACGUUUGAGAAGGUUAGAGGGCUGUUUAGCAAGAGGGAGGUAGUGGAGUUGACUGCUAUUAUCGCUUGCUACAACUGCGUGAGCCGUUUCCUUGUUGCGCUGGAUGUUGGAGAGAGAAACGGCACUGGUCCGGACGAUGCUGCUCACUAGGGGCGAUAUAUCCUGGUGAUAAUAGUGCUUUCAGAACAGUGCAUAUCGAACAUUGUGUUGACCUUCAAUUUCAGUUAACGUCA